GACCACUUAAAAAAACACACAUGCAUACACUUACUUACACACGCACGCGAACGCAUGUACAGACACGCACACAAUGUAAAAGCACGAGAAAAUCAUUGCAAAAGUGCUAGAUAUCCAGUUGGCCCUUUGAGAAUUGGAGGUCAAACAACAACAUCAUUUGUUCAAAAGGUGACAAGUGUGUUCGCCACACACUUUGGGUAC